AUGCCUACUCUCUUGGAAGAUGUUUAUUACUACCUAAGUUAUAGACAUGCAAAGAAUAAGGGAAUGAUUGCUUGUUGUGAUCCUCUUUUAUACCAGUGGUUUUUAGAACAUCUUCCAAAAACAGGACCUUUUGUAGAGCAGAAACAUGAUAGUUUGCCUCAAAGGUUGGGUUCACUCUGGUCCAGUGAUCUUUCUUGGUAUUCUAGAGAGUAUGUUAGCAUGGCGAUCAUAUUCUGGUAUGGCGACUUCCCCAACCUACCACUCAUUAGGACUCAGGGUUGUAUAAAUUCAAAUCCAGUUUUAUCAGCGAGACAACUUGGGUACCCAAUAGAGGGUCCUCUGGAUGCAAGUUCUUCGGAAAAUUUUCCGCUACUUGACUUAGGGGUUGAGAACCCUAACAUGUUCAAAAGGAUUAAAGAAGCCUUGAGAAGUGUUAACCGAAAAGGAAAAGCUGACUUGGGAAGAAUGAAUAAGGUCACCAAAGAGCCCUGCUUCCAAUGGGUAAGGGAAAGGGUGGAGAUGAUUAACAUUCCUUCCAUUAUUAGGACACAUGUGCCUCUUCCUGAGCCUAGGCCCACUCAUAUACCUAUUGAAGAAGCUGAAGAACUCAGAGCUACCAUAGCAAGAUUAGGGAAGGAAAAUAAAGAGUUGCAGUUGAAUCUUCAACAAGUCACGAAUGAGAAAAAUAAGAUAAAAUGGGAACUCGAGCGGAAGAAUGCACAGCUUCAGGAAAAUAAGUAA